AUGGGUGAAAAUCCUCCCAAGGAUGCAAAACUAUUCUUCUCCGUUGAACGAUUCGAUUACACAAAAGGAAUUAAGGAGAAACUUGAAGCCUAUAGACGGUAUUUUCAGAAGUAUCCAAGUCGUAUAGGCAAAGAUACUCUGUAUCAGGUUGCCGUGACAAAUCGACGAUCAGUUCAUACAUAUCGGGUCUACCAAGACACCUGCGUGGAACUAGCCAAGAAAAUUACGAAUGAAUUCCAUGAUCCGAAAAACCCAGCAUGGAAACCGCUGGUAUUUGUAACAGAUGGUCGGUCCAUUUUCUUUUUAGCUCUACCUUCCAGACUGUUUCUAUAA